AUGGCUCAACGCCGUUCACCCCCCGAGAUGGACAUCGCAUUGGCGACCGAUUCGGGCGGACCGGACGAACCUGAAGAACCCAACGCCGAGGGCGCUUCAGAAGGCACUCGUCUCAGCAACUUAUCGAUCGAAGACGAACUCAAGAGCAGCUAUCUGACGUACGCCAUGAGCGUGAUCGUCAGUCGUGCGCUGCCCGACGCCCGCGAUGGACUGAAGCCCUCGCAGCGCCGCAUCUUGGUCGCCAUGAACGACCUGGGCCUCACGCCCGGCUCGCGUCGUGUGAAGUGUGCCAAGAUCUCCGGCGACACCAGCGGUAACUACCACCCGCACGGUGAAAGCGUCAUCUACCCCACACUGGUCCGCAUGGCCCAAGAAUGGAACAUGCGGCACACCCUCAUCGAUAAGCAGGGCAACUUCGGCUCCAUCGCCGGUCUUCCGCCCGCGGCCAUGCGGUAUACCGAAGCCCGUGUGUCGCCGUACGCCGCGCUGAUGCUGGAAGACUUGAAGCUCGACACGGUCGACUUCAUCCCCACCUACGACGAAAGCCGCACCGAACCGACGGUGCUCCCUUCGAAGUUCCCCAACCUGUUGGUCAACGGUGCCAACGGUAUCGCCGUGGGUAUGGCCACCUCGAUCCCGCCACAUAACCUGGGCGAGAUCUGCGACGGCCUGAUCAUGCUCAUCGACGAGCCGGAGGUUUCCAUCGACGAACUGAUGGAAGUCAUCCCCGGGCCCGACUUCCCCACCGGCGGCAUUGUCUGCGGACGCAGCGGCAUCCGUCGCGGUUAUCACACCGGACGCAGCACCAUCACCGUCCGCGCCCGGGCCACGAUCGAAGAGUUCGGCAAGAACCGACAUCGCAUCGUCGUUUCCGAGAUUCCCUUCCAGCAAGCCCGCGAUCGCGUGGAAGAACGCAUCGCCGCGCUGGUGCAAGAAGACCGCAUCAAGGGCAUCUCGGCCAUUCGCAACGAAAGCGAUUUGAAAGAGCCCGUGCGGCUAAUCCUCGAGCUGAAGCGCGACGCCGAUCCCGACAUCGUGCUGAACCAGCUCUACCAGUUCUCGCCGCUGCAAGACUCCUUCUCCAUCAUCCUGCUGGCCCUGGUCGACGGCAAACCGCAGACGCUCACCCUCAAGGAAGCCCUGCUCGAGUUCCUCCGUCACCGCGUGACGGUAAUCCGGCGACGCACCCAAUUCCUGUUGGCCAAAGCCCGGCAGCGCAAGCACACGGUCGAAGGUCUACUGCUGGCGCACGCCAACAUCGACGAAAUCAUCCGCAUCAUUCGCGCUUCUUCCACCCAGGAAGAAGCCAAAGAGCGUUUGAUGGGCGUCGAGUGCCCGGCCGCCAUGAUGCGACGUGCUCUGGGUGAAGAUGGAUUCGCCGCGUUCGUCUCCGAGCGGGGCGAGCAAGACGUCUAUACCCUCACCCCGGUGCAGGCCGACGCCAUCCUGCGGAUGACCCUCGGCCAGUUGGUCAACCUCGAACAAGAGAAGCUGGGCGACGAGUAUCGCAAGCUGUUAGAAGAGAUCGCCGAGUACGAUCGCAUCCUCUCCGACGACAAGAACAUCCUGGCGAUCAUUCGCGAGGACCUUCUCGAGCUGAAGCGAAAACAUGCCGAUGCCCGUCGCACCGAAAUCAGCGGCGAGGAAAUCGGCUCCAUCGACCUCGAAGACCUGAUCACCGAAGAGUCGAUGGUCGUCACCAUCAGUCAUCGCGGUUACAUCAAACGCACCCCGGCCACCGCCUACCGCGCACAACGUCGCGGCGGCAAGGGGCUCAAAGGCGCCAAGACCGACGAAGAAGAUCCCAUCGAACAUCUCUUCGCGGCCAGCACGCACGACUACCUGUUAUUCUUCACCAACCGCGGCAAAGUCUACUGGCAGAAGGUCUACGACCUACCCCAACUCAGCCGCGACAGUCGCGGCCGCGCGCUGGUGAACCUGCUGCACUUCGAAGAAGGCGAGGAAGUGCAGGAUUGCCGCGCGGUGCGCGACUUCAAAUUGCCCGACCACUAUUUGCUCAUGGCCACCCGCAAGGGCCUGGUCAAAAAGACCAAGCUCGAAGCGUACAGUCGUCCCAAGCGGGGCGGCAUCAUCGCCAUCAAGCUUCGCGAAGACGACGAGUUGGUCGAUGUGGUGGUAACGCAGACCAACGACGAAGUGGUUCUGUCGACCGCCAACGGUAUGGCCAUCCGCUUCAAAGAGUCUGACGCCCGCCCCAUGGGCCGCAAUUCCAGCGGCGUGAAGGGCAUCUCGUUAGGCAAGGGCGACGAACUGGUCGGCAUGGUCGUGGCCGAUCCCGAAGCCACGCUGCUCACCGCCUGCCAACACGGUUACGGCAAGCGAACCUACUUUGGCGUGUCGAGUGCCGCCGAGGCGGACGAUGCGGCGGAUACCGGCGCCGAGUCGGAAGCCACAGAAACCAACGGCGAAGACACCGCAUCGGGGCAACGCUACCGCACCCAACGUCGCGGUGGAAAGGGACUUCGCGAUAUCAAAACCACCACCCGCAACGGGCCCGUGGUUGGGGUCGUUGCACUGCGGGACGACGACGAGUUGUUGAUGAUUACCACCGGUGGUAAGAUCCAACGAGUACUCGCCAGCGACAUCAGCAUCAUCGGGCGCAACACGCAGGGCGUUCGUAUCAUGAGCCUCGACGAGGGCGACGCCCUGGCUGCCGUGGUUCGCGUGCCUCGCGACGAUGCCGAUGCCGACGAGGCCCAGCCCGCUCCACCCGUGGAAGAGUAA